CAAUGACUUGAUUAUUAAAUUAUAUCAUAAUAACUCGCGUAGUAAUAAUUGCUUGUCUAUUAAAAGUUUGUAUAUUAAUAGCGCUCCUUAUAUUGGCCACUAGAGGUCACCGUUGAUCGUAGGAAACACCGCUGGUUUACUCCUGCUACGUCAUAUCCGCUUUCCAAAUGUCUGAAAGGAGGAAUCAUGACCUCCGUGGAUUACGAGUACAAAUGACAACAUAAACUAGCGCAUUCAUAUAAUUUCACAUUAAGGUUAUUAUUGUUAGAGGAAGACCAUUAUGUCGUCUUUGUUUUCGUGCUGCUUUGACUGCUGUGGAGACAGCAACAGCGGCCACGUAACACUAAAGGAAAUGCCCACCGUUCAGCUGGACACUCAUUGCAUGGGUACUGAUGUUGUGAUUGUAAAGAGUGGUAGACGCAUAUGUGGAACUGGUGGUUGCGUCGCGAAUGCUCCUCUCCAUCAAAACAAAAGCUACUUUGAGUUUAAGAUUCAGUCCACUGGUGUCUGGGGUGUUGGAGUGGCGACUCAGAAAGCAAAUCUAAACCAGAUCCCCUUGGGGAGAGACAUGCACAGCCUUGUGCUUAGGCAGGACGGCACUGUGUACCACAACAAUGAAGAAAAGAACCGAUUACCUGCUAACAGCUUACCACAGGAAGGAGACGUUGUGGGUGUUACGUAUGACCAUGUGGAACUGAAUUUGUACUUAAAUGGGAAGAAUAUGAACUGUCCAGCAUCAGGCAUCAGAGGAACUGUUUAUCCUGUAGUUUAUGUGGAUGAUAGUGCAAUUUUGGAUUGUCAGUUCGGUGAUUUCUACCAUCCUCCUCCACAUGGCUUUCAAAAGAUUCUUUUUGAGCAACAGAUCUUCUAAAGUUCAUGACAUGCUGUUGAUACACUAAAUAUGUGUACUCCAUGGUCGGGAUUUGAAGUGCUUUGGUUACACUGACAUCUUACUAUUGUAUGGCUCAGACAACGUGGCAUGUUUAAAGUAAUUUUAUCUAUGAUUUUCACCAGUAAAACUGACGCAGCCCACCACUGUUCGGAUAAUAAAAACGUCGUCUCUGAUUUUCCAGGUGAACUCCAAGUGUACAAUAUCAUAUCAGAAUAUACGUGAGUGGUUUGGACUUGAUCGUACACUGUACAUUUGCUGACAUAUUAACAGUGUAGGCCUACUGUUGUGAUCAGAUGUGGAUUUAAUACAAGUUAUAAUGGCGUAACGAAUACC